AAUUGUUCUGCAUGCAUCCUACAAAACAAAUAAUGAUGGAGAACAGAUUAGAGGUUCAUAAGGACAGGACACUGAAGGAAGCUGUGGAAAUAGCUUACAAGCUGAUGGAUUUAGAAGAGGCCAUUCCUUUGGAUUGCUGUCGUCUUGUCAAAUAUGAUGAGUUUCAUGACUACUUGGAACGAUCCUACGAAGGAGAAGAGGAUACACCGAUGGGUUUAUUACUUGGAGGUGUCAAAUCAACGUAUAUGUUUGACUUACUGUUGGAAACAAGAAGACCUGACCAAAUUUUCCAGUGCUAUAAACCUGGAGAGGUCAUGGUAAAGGUUCACGUAGUUGAAUUAAAGACUGAAUCUGUUGCUCCUCCAAUAAGUGUACGAGCUUAUUUGAAUCAAACAGUUUCAGAAUUUAAACAGCUAAUUUCAAAGGCUACAGACCUGCCUGCAGAAACAAUGAGGGUAGUAUUAGAACGUUGCUACAAUGACCUGCGUCUUCUGAACGUUUCCAGCAAAACACUGAAAGCUGAAGGCUUUUUUAGAAGCAACAAAGUAUUUAUUGAAAGCUCAGAGUCUUUAGAUCGUCAUGUGGCAUAUACAGAUUCUCAUUUAUGGAAACUUUUGGAUCGCCAUGCAAAUACAAUCAGACUGUAUGUUUCAUUGCCAGAGCAAUCACCUGGAUCUCAUUUUAGACGAGCAGCUUACAAGUCUAGUGGAGAUUCAGGCAACUUGGAUGAAGCCUGUGAAAGAGUGAAAGGACCUGUAGGUAAUAUGAAAUCUGUAGAAGCAAUUCUGGAAGAAAGCACCGAAAAACUUAAAAGCUUGUCCCUGCAGCAGCAGCAGGAGGGGGAUAACGGGGACAGCAGCAAAAGCACAGAAGCCAGUGAUUUUGAAAACAUUGAAUCCCCUUUAAAUGAAGUAGACUCUUCCGCAUCAGCAGAAAACCAAGAACUUGAAAACCAAAUUCAGAUUUCUGAUCCAGAAAAUCUCCAGUCUGAGGAGCGGUCUGAUUCAGAUGUAAAUAAUGACAGGAGCACAAGUUCAGUGGACAGUGAUAUCCUCAGCUCCAGUCACAGCAGUGAUACCUUAUGCAAUGUGGACAAUGCCCCACUUCCCUUGGCUAAUGGACUUGAUUCUCACAGUAUCACAAGUAGUAGGCGAUCAAAAGCAAAUCAGGGGAAGAAAGAAACCUGGGAUACAGCAGAGGAAGAUUCUGGAACAGAUAGCGAAUACGAUGAAAGUGGCAAGAGCAGAGGAGAAGCACAAUAUAUGUACUUUAAAUCAGAACCAUAUGCUGCAGAUGAAGGGUCAGGAGAUGGGCAAAAAUGGCUGAUGGUGCAUGUUGAUAAAAGAAUUACACUGUCUGCCUUCAAGCAACAUUUGGAGCCUUUUGUUGGAGUUCCAUCUUCUCACUUCAAAGUCUUUAGAGUCUACGCCAGCAAUCAAGAAUUUGAGAGUGUCCGGCUGAAUGAAACACUGUCAUCAUUUUCUGAUGACAAUAAGAUAACUAUUAGGCUUGGAAGAGCCCUUAAGAAGGGUGAAUACAGAGUCAAAGUCUACCAACUUUUGGUCAAUGAGCCAGAGCCAUGCAAGUUUCUUCUAGAUGCUGUUUUUGCUAAAGGAAUGACUGUCCGACAGUCAAAAGAAGAGUUGCUUCCUCAGCUUCGAGAACAGUGUGGCCUAGACUUAACAAUUGACAGGUUUCGCCUAAGAAAGAAAACCUGGAAGAAUCCAGGCACUGUGUUUCUGGAUUAUCAUAUCUAUGAAGAAGAUAUCAAUAUUUCAAGCAAUUGGGAGGUCUUCUUAGAAAUACUUGAUGGAGUAGAAAAGAUGAAAUCCAUGUCACAACUUGCUGUUUUAUCGAGACGGUGGAGGCCAUCAGAGAUGAAACUAGAUUCUUUCCAGGAAGUAGUACUAGAAAGCAGCAGUGUUGAAGAAUUAAAAGAGAAGCUGAGUGAAGUAAGUGGAAUACCCUUAGAAAACAUAGAAUUUGCAAAGGGUAGAGGAACAUUUCCAUGUGACAUUUCCAUACUAGAGAUUCACCAAGACCUGGACUGGAAUCCUAAAGUAUCUACAUUGAAUGUCUGGCCUCUGUACAUUUGUGAUGAUGGUGCAGUAAUAUUUUAUAGGGAUAAAACUGAAGAAUUAAUGGAAUUAACAGAUGAGCAGAGAAACGAACUGAUUAAAAAAGAAAGCAGCAGACUCCAGAAAACUGGACACCGGGUAACCUACUCUCCUCGUAAAGAAAAAGCACUAAAAAUAUAUCUGGAUGGAGCACCCAAUAAAGAUUUGACUCAAGACUGAUACUCGCUAUAGCAUUUUCCCUGGGGAAUUUUUUUGUUCAAAAUAAAAAGGUUCACUACUACUGUGUAGUGCCAUUAUGGCAGGACACUCAUUAGGUGUAAAGUGCUGACACCAGCACUGAUUGGGCUGUGUUACCAAUCAGAAGUGCAGUGCCCCGUCGGGUCACUGUUUGACUUGGAAUCAUGUUGUGCACUAUAGUCAAAUGUACUGUAAAGCUAAAAGGGAUGUGCAAAUAAAAGAUUACAACUAAAAAGUGGGCGGGGAGGGAAAUGAGUGGAAAAUUUUGAGGACAGUGUGCACAUAGUAGCUAGUGAAACUAGCCUCAAACGGGAUACUCAUAGCUUAAUAAUAAAAGCUGUGCAAAGGCCAUGAAAGAAUCCUUUUUUCUGUUUGUUUCACUGAUACACGCAUUACCUCAUCAGAGAGUCUGAAGUAAAUGUUAAUACAUUGGUUCUAGAAAAGCAGCAGAAAAGGAUUGAAGCUGAAGUGCUGCAAGUGUAACGUUUCAGAAUAUUCUUCCGUAAAGCAGGUAGUCUGAGAGGUGUCUGCAGAAGGCUGCCAGCACGUGUUGGUCCAUUUUGCAGAAGUGCUGUUGGAAGGUAGACUGGUUUUUAAUAGAUAAUGGAAGCUGAUGAGCAGCUCUGUUCUGUUGCGUUGGAUGUGUAAAUAAAAUUUGCCCUCUCCAUUUAACAGAACUGCAGUACAGCUCUUUACCAUCGUAAUUCUUUUCACAUAUCAGCAUUCAUUGUGUACAUUUGGAAGAAUAGUUGCCUAUUUAAAUUUGUAUUCAUCUUCUGUUUUGAUGAUGCUGGGUACUUUAGGGUUGUAUUUCCCCUUGUUAAUGAAGUUUUUGUUUCAUUCAGCAACUUUUUUGUACAUUUUGGUUUUGAGCCUAUUAGAAGUUUGCGUCUCCUCCACCAGUCAUAUUCUUUUUCCCAGAGUUGAUUCUGUAGCUAUAUGUAGUCAAAUACUGGGGCAGCCUCUUAACACCUCAACAUACAACCUUGGUGUAGUUCAGGUUCUGGUGCAAAGACUGAUGCAGUCAACAUGAUUUCAUUGCAAAGCCUAGGAGUAGCCAUGUUUCGCUUUGGUCCGUAAAGAUCAAUAGAGAACAAUUCUCCACAGUUUCUGAAAAACCACCUAAUUUAUAACAAUCAAAAGAUUUUGGUAAACUUUUUCAUGCCAGAUGCUGUUUACAACAAUGAACAUGCCAAUAAAACAUUUGUUCAUUCUGUUGUGCUAUUUUGAUCAUUAAAUGCUGUGGGUUUUAUUUGAAAAGUUACAGAAUUACUUCCUGGGAAUACAGACUUGCCCAAGGCAAUGUCAGAACUGUAA